CCGUGGACCCCUGUAAGCACGCGCUGCGGCUUGUGAGUGGACCUGCAGCAUCCACUUUUACCCGCUGACGGCCCCGCCCGAAUCCUUCCCGCAUCUCACAUCUCCUCCGAUAAACGACCAGAACCUUCUGCAAACAUUCAACUCAAGCACCAUCGGCCUGCAACUUCACCUCUCGGACCCUUGGAUUCUCUCCACGCUUGACACCUACGGGCUAAGAACGCAGAAGCUAAAGAAAAUGGCCUCCGCAGCCGCCCUCACGCGCUACAAGCUCGUGUACCACGUCCCGCCGGCGGCGCUGGAGGCGACCAAGGCGGCCAUCUUCGCCACCGGCGCGGGCCGCUACCCGGGGGCGGGCAACUACACCGAGUGCUGCUUCACGGUGCUCGGCACCGGCCAGUUCCGCCCCGGCGACGCCGCCAACCCGCACAUCGGCAAGGUUGGCCAGCUGGAGCACGUCGAGGAGGCCAGGGUCGAGACGCUCUGCGUUGGCGAGGAGACGGCGCGCAAGGCGGUUGCUGCGCUGAAGAAAGCGCAUCCAUACGAGGAGCCUGCGUACGAGGUCUACAAGCUCGAGGACUUUUGAGGGCUGCAUUUCCCAUCAACGUCUUCACAUGGUGAUGAUGAUGAUGUCUUAGAAAGCUCUUCCGGGUUUCUGUUAUUUGCUUCAUGGACACACAGAUUCUCAGGCGGAACCCGCGUUUCAAUAUUCUUUGUUGACUCGGAUGCAAUGUGUCUCAAUGAGUGCGCUGAGCUGAUUCCACCGUCUCGCUCAGGCCCCGGCAGCCGCUGCUCGUUCGCAGGCGCUUUGAAGUCGGUCUGCAUCUCAAUCGCGUGCAAGGGGAUCUCGUCCACGCUCGGGCUUUCCGUCUCCCUUUCCAGACCGACUCGUCACUGUAUAGCCACCGCUGUGAUGCGGCCGCUGGUCGGCAUCGACCGUGCCGUUCUCUGUCCCGCUCAAGCUAGGCUGGUUGUCCGGCAAGCGGUAGAACGUCUCCGCGCUGCCCUUCGUGGUCGGCUUCUGC